UUAGAACGGUUAAGUCGGCAAAAGUAGUUAAAUUGGAAUUGGUCGUAAAAAGAUUGCAGUGGUUGUUUUGUGUUAACAUUGAAUUAAAAAAUUUCGAUGCGUUUUAACACAAAAUCAGUAGUGGAAUAACGAUGUUGUGGAAAAUCUGAAUUUUGGUCUACAAAUGACAAAAAGAAAUUGAUUAGAAAGAGUGUAGUGAACAUCACUAUUAAAUAGUUUUGAUUUUUUUUUGUGUUUUGGGUGUAACGGAUCCGUGUUUCCUGAACCACAAUAUGGAUUACCACCAGACCAAUCGGUUCUUAGGAAUUGCCGUUUUUACAGCUUUUAUAGUCCUAAGCCGAUGUGAGCCAGCCGAUCGUGAUAUUAUUCUAACACCAAAAGAAUCAUCUCAGGUGAAAGGAAAAACCCUCUACUACAGACCAGUGGAAGAUUUAAAUAACUCACCCGGCGUCCGAGUACCUUGGGAGCAGAUACUCAAACACCUCACGUAUCUUACGCUGUACGGCAUACCUUAUGAAAAAAACCAACUGAGCGACACCAACGCGGACUAUAGUCAAUUCAUGAAUGCAUCGUAUAUCAUCCAAACGAAUAAUAUCGUCACAAAUUUCGGCGACAUCAUAACCCUGGCUGAAGGUCACGUUGAGAAAUCGGCUGACAGCAAAUAUCAAUUCAUUGAGGGUAAAUGUUUGAAAGAGGAGCAGAAAUGCAAUGAGAAGACGACUAUUGCACAGUGGCUGGUCCAAAAAAUUCGACACCGAGACGGAGAGAAGAAAUUUCGCUAUGAAAUCAAAUUUAGUAUAAACCCAUAUAACGGAAGAAAUGAGGAUGUGGUUGAAGGACGAGAAAUUCCAAGUGGGAAGCGAGUGACUAGAGCCUUUAUUUUGAGAGAUUUCGAUUACCCAGAAAGUUUCCUAUGGUACGACGAGCACGUGUCUCAAAGGCGGCUGGAAGAGAAUCGACGAUAUUUACAAAGGCUGCAUCGUUUCAAUGAAGUUUUCACUCAACCGAUUUAUAUCGAUAGUAACUACUACACUUCAGAUAAUCCCAUCGUUCCACAGCUUAAUAUCGGCGAGUUCUUACAAAAUCCUUUACAAAGGAAGUCACCCAGUUACACUCGAUUUAUUCAACCCACAACUUAUCGCCCUAAUUAUCAUAUAAAGUUCUCCAAACCAUCACUAUCAUAUGAAAUUCCCCUGGAAAAAGAAAUCUUCCCAAUUAAAUCACCAUUCAUGGCGACACAUCUUCACCACCAUUACUACAUCUCCGACAGUAAAUAUGAUGAACCACAAAAACCUUACAAUCAACAAAAUUCAGGAAAUUAUGGGGGUCCAACCAUCGAACCUGCCAUUGAAUAUGAAAUCCCAACACGACCACCAAUCAAGCACCAAAUUCCAAUCCCACCAAAUUACGGUAAUCGACAAACACAAACCUCCUCACCCAUUCAAUUAACCAGUCCCAUUAUUCCAGCACCAGUACCACCAAUAAUCUUUUCACAAUACCCGACAGCUGCCAGUCCAACUGGGCCACAAAAUUUACCUCAAAACAUUGCACAAAAUCUAGUUCCACAAUUUUCAACGGUAGCCAGUCCAACAACUGCUCAGGAUAUAGUUCGAAAUUUGGCGCAAAAUGUAAUACAAAAUCUUGGAUUCCAAUUAACACAACAAAUUGCUCCCAGUAUUCAACCAUUUGUUUAUAACUAUCGAGUUACAAACAAUCCUGGCAUGCAACAGCAAGAAUACCUGCAACAAGCAACACCAACUCAGCCAUUUGUUGAGAGCCCUAGGUAUGAUAAUACCCGAUACUCUGAACCAGAUCCUCUUUAUAAGAUGGCAAAUGCGGUGGAACAACAAUUGCAAGGUCCUCAGGAGCAACAAACUAAACUGGAGCAAAGUACUCAAGUGGUACAGGAACCAACCAAUCUCAUACAAGACCAAAGCAGCUACGAGCAACAAACUAGCUCUGAGCAACAGGGUAGCUCGGAAAGGGUGAAUAUUAGACCAGAACACGAUGUCAGUUCAGAAAGGGUGGAUACCAGACCACAACAGCACGACAUCAGCUCAGAAUCGAAUGAACAACUUUCGGAUGCACCCGCUUUCACAUACAGUUCAGUCAUUGAUACUGACCCUAGGGUGGAGAAACCAAAUGCAGUAAGUCCAUGCACCGAACAGAAUCAUAUUGAAGAAAUUCCUCCAAGUACAGAAACUGUUCAAUUGCCACCCCCUCAAUCAGAAAGUACGCAAGACACGACAAUCCCAUACGAUGAAACAUCCAAAAGCCAAGAGUCCAUUGAAUCUCCAGACAUCUCAGGCAGCCAAGAACAAAAAUUCGAUUCGUCCUUAGAAGCGUCGAAGCAUCAACCAGCAAUCGGAUCAGUCGAAGUAACGCAUUUCAGCCAACCAAGAGAUCCUCCAAUUGUUGAACAAACACUCAGUUCACCACCUCCACCUCUCACGACAGAACGUUCAGUGAAAUCUGUUCAAGUCAUCCAUGCUACCUCACCGAAGGACAAUCUCCUUGACACUAGUGAUGCACUCCAAAUCACAAAAGCCGAGGCCCAUUUCAAGUCAUCGAGCGAACGUCCGGUUCUUAAAUGGAAACCGAAACGACCUCGCAUCAAAACACCCCCAAGCAGCAGCAGCAGACCAAUUGACGACAACGAUCCGACGAUCAUAAUUGCCAAAACCAGCAGAAUCAGAAAACCAUCCCUGAAAGUUAUACCAACCAACGAGACCUCCAUCACUUUUGAGCGCAUUCCCGAUGAGGACACCAUCCAAAAGAUCUACAAAAUCAAAUCAACCACAGAAGAAGGAGCAAAGAAUGGCACGAAUGAAGGGGGCGAGGUACCGACAAAACAAUCCUUCAGUACUUCGAUAAGCAUAAAAGUUGGAACUAGCGACGAGUUACCCUUGCUGCCCACCAUAUCCGUUCCGAAUGUGGAACUCUACGAAGCGGAGUUGGAGCGAUUAAAUGCGAAUUCGUCGGCAAUUAAGUUUUUUAAGGCAAGUGUAAAGAAUGAGAAUAAAACUGAUGAAGGGGAGGAGGAUCGAGUGAUAACGAGAUCUAUUCUGGCGCAUGCCACAAGUUUAGGAUAUUAAAUUUUAGUUUUUUAUUUAGUUUUGAAAAUCUUUAGAAUGUGAAGAAGAUAGUAUUGUAUAUAAAAGAUAUUUUGUAAGAUUUAUUUUU